GUAUGUGUAUGUGUGUGCGUCUGAGCGAGCGAGAGAGAGAGAGAGAGAGGCUGUUUUAUGAUGGCUGCUGAGCCGCUAAAUUAGGAACGAGAAACUGUGGGAGAGAGAGAUCGCGGAGUUUCUGAGUCCCUGCGCCGUGUGGACAGCCACAUUAAAGGAAAGCCCAGUUGCCUGAAACUCUGAAUGAAAAUAUUAUCAACAAUGGCUACAGUUGGCGUGCCAGAGGGUUUUCAUUUUGAAACUAAAUAUGUGAUACUCAGCUACUUGGGCCUAUUGUCAAUUGAUAGGCAACAGGAGCAACAGACUACAUCUGUAGAAGGUGUUCAAAUAGAGAAAGAAAUUGCCACUAAAGUGAAAGCAGAUGUUGAGGAGGAGCUGAAACUUCUUGAAGAAGAAAUUUCAAAAGCUUUUACAAGCACAGGCUUUGACUGCCACACAUCUCCAGUGUUUAACCCUGCCAACCCAGAGAGCUCCAUUGAGGACUGCCUAGCUCACCUUGGUGGAAAGGUCUGUCAGGAGAUGUCAGUACACCUACAUGCUGCUAAGCAGACCCUUCUCAGUUUGCCUUUGGAUUAUGCAAAGUUUAAAGAAACUGUUCAGGGGCUAUCUUCUCAUUCUCAGGGCUGGAAUAAGGUCUUGGUGCCUCUUGUGUUGCUCCAAGAACUGCUUAAAGAGUUAACAAGACAAGGAGAGCAGCCUCUUAAUGUUUUGCUUCAGUAUGGGGUUCAGUAUGUGGAGGAUUCGGCAGCUGAUUUCAUUAUACAACAAGGUGGAUGGGGAACAGUUUUCAGCCUGGAGGAAGACGAGGACCAAGGUGCCAUUGCAGAAGACAGCAACGACAUUUAUAUUCUUACUAGUGAUAACUCUGGUCAGGUGAGCCCUCCUGAGUCUCUCACAGUGACAACUUCCUGGCAGUCGGAGAGCCUGCCAGUGUCUUUGUCAGCGAGUCAGAGCUGGCACACUGAGACACUCCCAGUCUCCCUUGGACCUGAGUCGUGGGCACAGGUUGGAAUGGAUCCAGAAGAUGUCAAAAGCCUGGACAGUGGAGGUGCAGAAGAAAGAAGUGAGAAUAAUUCCUCAAACUCUGAUAUAGUUCACGUGGACAAAGAAGAAAUUGCCGAAGAAGAAAGUGCUGUGUCAGUGGCUGAAGUGCUAGAGGUCCAUGAAGCCAUUCUAAAGAGUGAAGUGGAGACACAGGAACUGUCCUCCUUAGAGCUGGUUAAAGAGGCCAUUCUAUCACAAGCAGAAGUAGUGCCUGCAGUCCCAGCUAUAGUGGAGGAAUCUGCAAGUGAAAUUCUACUACCUCCCUCCACACAAGAAAUACCCGUGAUAGAAAAACUGGCUGAAAAGCCACCAGUGAAAACUGAGGAACCUCCCAAGCCAGCAGCAGUUGUUAGGCCAGUAAGUGAGCCUGAUAAGCCUGUGCUGAAACCCAAAACUGAGGAACCUCUAGUGGAAAAGGCACCAGAUGUGGUCUUGACACAGACUGAGAAAAUUUUGAAAACGUCCCUUAAAGAAUCAGGAAAAGAGACCCCGAUUCCCCCAGAAGACCCCGUAAAAAUCAUUGAAUCCCCUGUAGGGGAGAAGCCUGCCCAGGCACCAAAGGACAUGACGAUACUAUAUGGUGGAGCAGCCAUAGCUGCUCUGGCAGUAGCUGUGGUUGUCAUGCUGGUCUUACGGAAAAAGUAACUGUGGAUAGUGCACCACUGCUGGGCUCGAUUGUGAGAGGAUUGCAACUCCCACCAUGCAUUGACUGCCUUUGUUUUCUUUGUUCUUCUUCAUUCAUACUCCUAGAAAGUAAUUGUAGCUGUUGGCUAAACUGGAUUUAAAGGGGUUUAUUUUAGUCUUCUACGUCCAACUCUUCUCUUUACAGUGUCAUUCUUUCUGGUGAGGCUUUUUCCUUUCAGAUUCUGCUUUACAGACAUCAUGCCAAAGUAAAUGGAAUUGAUGGCUUUGCACGGGCGCUUUCAUAAAAUGAAUUGCUUUUUUGAGUAAUGCCUUGUUGGUGGUCGCACUGUACAUAGGGUGUAAAACAUUGAAACGGGUUAAAACGAAUUAUAACUCUAAGGAAUAAUGUGCUGCUGGGGAUAGGAGAAGGACUUUAUAUGGGAUUCGGUGAUCAUAUUUGCACUUGUUAUGUCACAUGACCGCACGGUCUGUGGUAUUUAGCUGGCGGGGUUAUCUACUUGAAGGCAGCUUUCCAUUUACUCAGCUCAUCAUAAAAACACAGCAAGGGUGCAUAUUUCCCUUUUAUCAUUAAUAAUUCUUCCAAUUUAAUUAAUGCUUAAUACUUUUUCAGUUGUGAAUCAUAGCAAUUUAUUUUUUUUUUUGCCAUCAGUAAGGAAAAGGUGGAAUGUCAGAGAUGAACAUGUGGCAUCCCAAGUUAAGGUUAGACCUUGGAUUUUGCUGUUUGUUCAAAAGCGGGCAGCAGAGAAGGCUGUUGUUACAGUAGAAGAAUGUGGAUGUGAUGGCUUCAUACACCAGACAGCACUUCGGUCAAUUAUGGCCUGACUAGGGCGAUGGCAAUCGAGCGGCUUCUGAUUAUGUUUAAAAUGCAACACAAUUUACUACUUAGCAGUGGGUACGAGCAAAUUAGGCUGCUGGUCUCCAUUUUAGGCUACAAGCCUGGCACGGCCCACUCCUAAAACCAUGUGAUGGCCUGGUACACAGAGUGACCAUGGACUUUCAUUUAGUUGUGAUAAUUAUUACUUCUGCAUUACUUUGAGUAUUCAAACACCAGGGACAUUUUUAGACGGUAGCUCUUGCUCGGUCAGGCGUAUUCUGCAAUUGCAGACUAAAGUGUGCGUACGUCUCCAGCCAUGAAACCCGUGACAUUUUUAUUUUACCAGUUAGUAAAGCUCACCUUUCCUGCGGUUAUAGUUCUGUAAGUUACGACCGUGAGAAAACUGAAAAAUAAAAGGAUUAAGGUGAUGAAAUGUCCCAGGCAGGUCAUUUCCUUCCCUUUCGGCCUCUUUUUAUUUAUUUAUUCAUUUUUUAUUUCUUCUAAUGUAACCAGAAGGGAGAAUGCAGUGAGAGGCUCUGUGGUAAGUAGCUGCCAUAUUGGCUGUCAGACUAGCCUUUAGUGUGGCAGCAGAGUAGGCACACCCUGAGGCCUGAAUUCGAUCCCCUCUACUACAAUCUCAGGGAAGAUAGCAGUAGUGAGGGCAGAGACAACGGAAGCUUCUGAAGUUAUUCAAACACAGUUUAGGGGCUUCUUUGAGCUUAAACGCCAAAAGCAGUUGUAAGGUGUAAGAAAUUCUGGAACUCGUCUACUGUCAUUUGCUGGUUUCCUCCUUGAGCUUCUGAAGAUGGAGUGUAAUGGCAGGCUGUAUACUUUUCGCAGUUCGCUGCCACAUUUCAGUUGCGAAAGGUUUUCAUUUUCCAAGGUUUUCUCCUUGUGUGUUUUCUUUUUGUACGUCAGCCUGGUCUGUGCUGUGCUGAACUUCUCGCAGGUCUCAUUAGACUGGCAAGCUGAAUGAACCUACAGUGUAUAAAUUCACUUUUACAGUAAAAUGUUUUUAGAUGUCACUACCAAUUUGGGAUAUUGCACAUAAAAUCUCUGCGUUUGUGAGCAACUGAGUCACUUUUGCAGUUCAAGAACACACAGAAUUAAAGUGCCCUUGUGGCACCACGUAGGGAAAUGAAGAGUCAGAUGAGCGCGCCAUUGUCUUGUGCUCAGCUGCUCCUCUGCCAUGAUGAGGCUGCAGGUUCCACUCGCUGGCUGCGCUUGUGAUCAAAUAGUAAGUUCCACAGUAUAUUUUAGUGAUCGGAGCGCUGGUUAAUUUUAUUUAACGUGUAAUCGAGAGUUCCUUGGAGGACCUAGUCAAGGGGAAUAGAAGACCAUUUGGCUUUGUUCACUUUCUAUUUAUGUUUUGAGUACCCAAGUGAAAGUCUAUCAGUUUUACCACUCUGUGUAAUUUAUACAACUGAUCCUGAAAUAAAGCAACUUCAGACACCUGCA